AUGCUAGAGGAUAAUGCUCGCUGUGAACACAAGAAUUUCUUGCCCAUAAAGGUCUGUCCAAACUGCCAAUUAUCUGGUGCCACGUUCAUGGAGGUGCAUGACCGAUGGUCACCGGACGUAACUCUAAAGGACAAAGCCUGGCCUGUAGAAGUCCCGUCAAUUGGACCCUUAAUCAAUAUGAACCUAUGGAUAUAUGAGCAGCAAAUGAAAUUACAGUUCAUGUCCUCUGCAUUUGCUGAGUUAAGGGUAUUUUUUCUUAAUUUCCUACUGAACCUGCAAGAAAGAACAAUAUAUGACACUGUCAGUUCUUGUCUCCUGCCAAACUGGAUAAUAUGUGUAGGUGCUAUUUCAUGUAAAAAUGUGAGCGGAAAUGGGACAGAAUUAAGUAAAUCAGGCAGCAAGGCCUCGUCCAUACCCUCGACUCCUUGGAGUGAGGGUGAGAUCUUGCAGUCCUCCAACUUGAAAAGCUUCACUUUCAGUGAUCUUAAAGCAGCCACAAGAAACUUUCGCCCCGACAGUGUAUUAGGGGAAGGGGGUUUUGGUUCUGUUUACAAAGGAUGGGUUGACGAACACUCACUUGCAGCAUCAAAGCCUGGGGCUGGGAUCGUUAUAGCUGUUAAGAGGCUAAACCAAGAAGGGUGGCAGGGUCACAAGGAAUGGUUGGCAGAAAUUAACUAUCUUGGGCAGCUUCGCCAUUCUAAUCUUGUGAAAUUAAUUGGUUACUGUUUAGAGGAUGACCACAGAGUUUUGGUUUAUGAGUUCAUGCCCAAGGGUAGCAUGGAGAAUCAUCUAUUCAGGAGAGGUUCUUACUUCCAGCCACUUUCCUGGAGCCUAAGAAUGAGAAUUGCUCUAGGUGCUGCAAGAGGACUUGCCUUUCUUCACAGUGCUGAGGCAAAAGUAAUAUAUCGAGACUUCAAAACUUCCAAUAUCUUGCUUGAUUCGAACUACAAUGCAAAACUUUCUGAUUUUGGGUUAGCGAGGGAUGGGCCAACUGGUGAUAAGAGUCACGUCUCAACUCGAGUUUUGGGAACUUAUGGAUACGCUGCUCCUGAGUAUCUAUCCACAGGCCAUUUAACUGUCAGGAGUGAUGUAUACAGCUUUGGAGUGGUACUUUUAGAAAUUCUGUCUGGUAAGAAAGCAAUAGACAAGAAUCGUCCAUCGGGGGAGCACAAUCUGGUUGAAUGGGCAAAACCUUAUCUUGUUAACAAACGUAGAAUGUUGCGCAUUCUUGAUUCCCGUCUUGAAGGCCAGUACUCUACGGAUCAAGCCUUAAAGGCAGCUACCGUUGCGCUUCAAUGCUUAUGCACGGAACCCAAGUUGAGGCCAAAAAUGAUCGAGGUCGUAACUGCUUUAGAACAGGUUCAAGAGUCGAAGAACACUUCAAAAAUUGAUCAGAACUGUCACAUAUCAAAUCAACACAGCCAACAUCACAAGGGACAUAGGUCACACCGAAGCAGUGCUGAAGAAACUCGUGGAGUAACGGCUUAUCCCAGACCUGCAGCUUCCCCACUUUACGCGUAAGAGAAGAAAGAGAGGCAUGGCAUAAUCUUAUUUGGUUUAGCAUAAACUUCUUUCUGGUUAACUAUAUUUUGAAAGGUAUGUACAGUUUUUAUUGUGGCUAUAUGCUUUUGUACUCGAUAGGACAGGAUGGCGUUCUGAUUUAUCAUCAGCUUGCUGCUGGAAAUGUUGUAGGAUGCUUUUAGCAUGGAAAUCAAAAUUUUGUCAAAAAUAUUUAAUGCUUUAUGUUUUUGAGGAUGUC